AUGGCGCAUACACGCCCAAUGAUCAUCAGCUUCUCCUGCGUCCAUCCGUGGAUGAUGCUAAUGACGGUGAAGGAUCUUCGACGCAAAUUGUGCGUUAUGUACGGAAUUCAAAAGCACCCCGCGCUUAGCCCUAUUAUGGCACUCUUCGUCAAAGGACAAACUAAACAACCAUGCUACAAACCGGAAUCACGCCUAUUCUGGAAAACACCGCGAUUUCAACGGAAGUUCACGGCGUGA